AACCACUCGAGCCUAUAGAGGGAUCGCCAUUUUCGCUACCUCCCCUCGACCUCGCCAUGGCUCCGGAGCCCGAAGACGAGUUGAACGAGAAGAACCCGCGCCCCCUCGAUGAAGACGACAUCGCCCUCCUCAAAACCUACGGUCUGGGACCUUAUUCUGAGAGCAUAAAGAAGGCAGAGAAGGAGAUUAAGGAGAUGGUGAAGAAGAUCAAUGAUCUAUGUGGAAUCAAAGAGUCAGACACUGGUUUAGCUGCACCUAGCCAGUGAGAUUUAGUUUCUGACAAGCAAAUGAUGCAAGAGGAACAACCUCUGCAGGUUGCUAGGUGUACGAAGAUUAUUAGCCCGAACACAGAAGAUGCUAAUUAUGUGAUAAAUGUUAAGCAAUUUGCCAAGUUUGUGGUCGGGUUGGGUGACAAAGUCUCUCCAACUGAUAUUGAUGAAGGCAUGCGAGUUGGAGUUGAUCAAAAUAAGUAUCAAAUCCAGAUUCCUUUGCCACCAAAAAUUGAUCCAAGUGUUACGAUGAUGACGGUGGAGGAGAAGCCUGAUGUUACAUAUAACGAUGUUGGUGGCUGUAAGGAGCAGAUUGAAAAGAUGCGAGAGGUUGUGGAGCUUCCAACGCUUCAUCCAGAGAAAUUUGUGAAGCUUGGAAUUGAUCCUCCGAAAGGUGUCCUUUGUUAUGGUCCUCCUGGAACAGGAAAAACUCUCCUUGCUAGAGCUGUGGUCAACAGAUCUGAUGCCCGCUUUAUUCGUGUCAUUGGAAGCGAGCUGGUUCAAAAGUAUGUUGGAGAGGGAGCUCGGAUGGUCCGCGAACUUUUCCAGAUGGCCCGUUCAAAGAAGGCAUGCAUUGUCUUUUUUGAUGAAGUUGAUGCUAUUGGUGGUGCUCGUUUUGAUGAUGGCAUUGGUGGGGACAAUGAAGUUCAACGUACUAUGCUUGAAAUCGUCAAUCAGCUUGAUGGUUUUGAUGCUAGAGGAAAUAUCAAAGUUCUAAUGGCAACCAAUAGGCCUGAUACUUUGGACCCGGCUUUACUCUGUCCGGGAAGAUUGGAUCGUAAGGUUGAGUUUGGUCUGCCAGACUUGGAAGGUCACACACAGAUAUUCAAGAUCCACACAAAAACAAUGAAUUGCGAGAGGGACAUCAGAUUUGAGCUUCUUGCUCGCCUCUGCCCAAACUCCACUGGGGUGGACAUAAGGAGUGUGUGCACCGAAGCCGGGAUGUAUGCGAUCCGGGCACACAGGAAGACGGUAACAGAAAAGGACUUUCUUGAUGCAGUGAAUAAGGUUAUUAAGGGUUGUCAGAAGUUCAGCGGAACGCCCAAAUACAUGGUCUACAACUAGUAGCACUGCUCCUGUUACUCUUAUCUCGGAAGGAAAUAUCACCGUAGUGUUGGCAUAUGAUUUCUACCAGUGGCGAGCUUUUACCGCCGAUCUCCUCGCCGGCGACCCCUUCGCCGCCAAUCUCCUCGCUGCAUGCCGAUCCCCACACAAGUGAAAGGUUCUCCUCUUUAUCUCCUCGUUGCCGAUCUCCUCGUUAUAUUUUGCUCGCCAUGUGUUUGAUUUAUAUUUCUUUGAGGGUCAUGAAUAAUACCCGUUAAUUGCUUUGCUCUUGCGGAUGAUAGUGAGCUCUAUGUUUGGGAUUUGAUUAAUCUAGUUCCAAGCUCUUUGUUUAGGAUUUGAUUAAUCUAGAACUAGAAUUUGAGGUGAAAACCUUAAAUGUUUAGUUAUCAUCAUCACUCCAAUUUCAUUGUGGUUAGUUAUAAUUCUUUUGGUUUAGUUGAUUAUAAUUUUUGGUUAGUUGAUCGGCAAGGGAAUGAUCAACUAACUAACAGUUAUUUCUGUGAACACCUGUUGAAGGAAAACUCGAGAAUCAUUAGCUUGUAUUACAAUAUAUAUAUAUAUAUAUAUAGAUAAAAGAAAUGCAUAUUGUUCGCUCCUCUGUCGUUCCGGGUAGCAUUAGUGACAAAAUUGGCCAUACAUGAUAGAGAAGUAUUUAUUUGGAAACAUAUAAUUUAUUUCGCAGUUUCUAAACCACUAAUUCCUUCUACAACUGAUGAUGAUAACUAAUUCCACAGGAUUCAAAAUGAGAAAACUACAUAAACAUUGGUGCUUCGAUGAAUUUGAUUCACAAAGUCUAAAACUAUAUUCUGCUCCUCAUGAUUCCUCUCAGUUGAACAGUAAUUAUAUUAUAAUCUACUGUAUGUUAAGCUCUUCUUAUAUGCUGUUUGCUACAACAGCUUUCUUAUUUGUGGUCCAUUUGAGAUUAAAUUACGCGUCUAAUUUAGAAGUUCGAAUUCUAUGUCAUUAUCCUUCUUUUUUGUUUCUUUUUUUUGGUUGGACAUAUGUGGAAUUCCACUGACGAUGUUACUGUUCAGGAUAAAUUAACCCAGGUUUAUAGAAUUUUUUGCAGGAUCAGUUGUAAAUGAGCUAUCCAAUAAAUCACCAAAUUAAAGCAUGUGUAGUUAUAGCUUUAAGAGAGAUCAGUUGGAAUAGGUGCAUGCCUUUAUAUGUUAUCUUUUAUCUCUACAAUUUGAUUAUCUCCAUGUAUAUACACUAUAUAUAUAUAUAUAUCAUCAAAAACCUCCCCGUAACAAUUGAAUCCACACUCUACUGAUCAAUGAAUAUGGACUUGCGGGAACUAGUGAUUUAAAAUGAAUUGUACAUAAAGGAGAGACGGUAAAAGCUCGAUCUAAGCAAAUGGAUCAAUAUGCAUAAGAUAAGAACAGUGAGAUAUUGUACCUUUAAUGUUAUAUAGCUUCUUGAUUUGCUUCCUCUUAUCAUUACCUUGCCGAGCAACUAACCAAAAAAAUUUUCUUAUGCAUGUUGUUAGGUUUUUCCUCUACGUGGUGCCGUAGCAGUCCAUAGCUCUUGGGCUGCUGAUUAGGCUUUCCUUGCUGGUUAUAAUUUAAGUUGAUCUGAUUUUACAUAGCUUGGAUGAGAGGCUGAUUAUGAUAUGCCCAGAUGUUCCAAGUCUAAGUGAGAUAUUUUUGAGAUGGAUUAAAGGGAGGUGUUCUAUUUGCUCGUAUCAACUGAGAUUUCGAAUGCUUUUUCAUCUUCCACGAACUUAUAUUAUGAGUUGGCAAUUUGAUAGAUUUUUAUUUUAUUUUCUUAUUUUCGUUGAUAUUGUUGGAGAAAUUAAUGUAUGACAUUAGUUUGAAGUGAUUUGUCGUGUUGGAGUUUGGUUUGAA